AUGCGACCACAUACGCCUCUAGUCCGGCAGCUUCGGCUCACGGCUGCCAUUACCGGGGCGGCGAAGCGACCGGGCUUUGUCUGCUGGCAAUGUCGGGCCAUCCAAAUCAGCGCAUCCCCCACCACAGAUUCAAGACCCGGGACCGAUGCAUUUGGAGCUUACCCCGGGGCACACAGGGACUCUUCGGAUGCUCGGUUCGAAGUCCUCGGUUCUCCAUACUCGUUACUCUCCGUCAACCUGUCGGCGUCACAGCGGCUCUACACAAGGAGGGGGACGCUGGUGUCUGUCGUCGGCAAGGUGGAAAACGUACAAUCCACGCUUUCACUUCUCUCUCCGCUUCAACGAGCCCCCCUCGGCGUUCCAUUCCUUUACCAACGCAUCUCCUCAACAACACCAAUCACCGCGAUCAUAGCUACGAAAUCCCCGAAUACCACAUUCUCCGUCCUUCGCCUUGACGGCACCAUCGAUUGGAUCGUCUCUCAACGAAAUGCCCUCCUCGCAUGGACUGGCCAUACCCUGACCCCAUCCCCGCGCAUCCACCACGGCCUCUCGGUAGCCCAUUGGGGCAACACACAUUUGACCGGCCGCGGGCUGGCAGCACUCUCUUCACCAGGCCAGAUUCACGAACUCACUCUCGCGGAAGGUGAGGAGAUUGUGUUACAUCCCUCACACGUCGUGGCUUAUCCAGUCACUCGCAACCCUCCGUUACCAUUCCGGUUCAAGAGCACACGCCUUACCCUCCAGGUUCCCGCUGUCCCCGCCUCGAUUACCAAUGCGGCUGGCCGGUUGGCUCCGGAACGUGUCUCGACGUUCUGGAACGCCAUGAGGGAUACAGAGACGUUCAAAGCCCUUGCGCGGUUGUUCUACGGGUUGCGUACGACAGCAAGGAGGACGAUCUGGGGUGACCGGUUGUUCCUGCAGUUUAAGGGCCCCAUGACACUAUUGAUGUCAACGCGUGGGGUUAGGGUUAGUGAUGUGUUGAGCAGGGAGGAUGUCAAUGAGAUCGCGGACAGUGAGGCCGGUGUUGUGCCCAAGGCGGUGCAGCUCGCGAGCGAACCAAAGGUCAAGGAGGACAAGCGGCCGGAAGAGAAAGUGGCCGCGCUCCACGUUGCCAAUGUGAGCAAGGAUGGAAAAGUCAGCUUCGAGGAUGCGAAGAACUUGAACGACUUUGUCCGGUAA